AUGUCGGGCCAAACGCUCACGGAUCGGAUCGCCGCCGCUCAGUACAGCGUAACAGGCUCUGCUGUAGCGAGAGCAGUCUGCAAAGCCACCACUCAUGAAGUGAUGGGCCCCAAGAAAAAGCACCUGGACUAUUUGAUCCAGGCUACCAAUGAGACCAAUGUUAAUAUUCCCCAGAUGGCCGACACUCUCUUUGAGCGGGCAACAAACAGUAGCUGGGUGGUUGUAUUUAAAGCUUUAGUGACAACACAUCAUCUCAUGGUGCAUGGAAAUGAGAGAUUUAUUCAGUAUCUGGCCUCUAGAAAUACGCUAUUCAAUCUCAGCAAUUUUUUGGACAAAAGUGGAUCCCAUGGUUAUGAUAUGUCUACCUUCAUAAGGCGCUAUAGUAGAUAUUUGAAUGAAAAGGCUUUCUCUUACCGACAAAUGGCAUUUGAUUUUGCCAGAGUGAAGAAAGGGGCCGAUGGUGUAAUGAGGACAAUGGCUCCAGAGAAGCUACUAAAGAGUAUGCCAAUACUUCAGGGACAAAUUGAUGCACUGCUUGAAUUUGAUGUGCAUCCAAAUGAACUAACAAAUGGUGUCAUAAAUGCUGCAUUUAUGCUUCUUUUUAAAGAUCUUAUCAAACUUUUUGCCUGCUACAAUGAUGGAGUUAUUAACUUACUCGAAAAGUUUUUUGAAAUGAAGAAAGGACAAUGUAAAGAUGCUCUAGAAAUUUACAAACGAUUUCUAACUAGAAUGACACGAGUGUCUGAAUUUCUCAAGGUUGCUGAGCAAGUUGGUAUUGACAAAGGUGACAUUCCUGACCUCACACAGGCUCCCAGCAGUCUUAUGGAGACCCUUGAACAGCAUCUAAAUACAUUAGAAGGAAAGAAACCUGGAAACAAAUCUGGUGCUCCCUCUCCGUUAAGUAAGUCUUCUCCAGCAACAACUGUUACGUCUCCUAAUUCUACACCAGCUAAAACUAUUGACACAUCCCCACCGGUUGAUUUAUUUGCAACUGCAUCUGCGGCUGUCCCAGUCAGCACUUCUAAACCAUCCAGUGAUCUCCUGGACCUCCAGCCAGACUUCUCCCCUGGGGGCGCAGCAGCAGCCGCAGCACCAGCACCACCAGCACCUGCUGGAGGAGCCACUGCGUGGGGAGAUUCUUUGGCUGCGCUUUCCUCUGUUCCCUCUGAAGCACAGAUUUCAGAUCCGUUUGCACCAGAGCCUACCCCUCCUACUACAACUGCUGAAAUUGCAACCGCUGCAGCUUCUGCCUCAACUACCACAACUGUCACUGCUGUCACUGCUGACGUGGAUCUCUUCGGAGAUGCCUUUGCAGCUUCUCCCGGGGAGGCCCCUGCAGCAUCCGAAGGGGCCGCCGCACCAGCUACCCCAACCCCUGUAGCAGCAGCACUUGAUGCAUGUUCAGGAAAUGACCCCUUUGCCCCAUCUGAAGGUAGUGCAGAGGCUGCGCCUGAGCUGGACCUCUUUGCAAUGAAGCCACCAGAGACCAGUGUUCCUGUAGUUACCCCUACAGCUAGCACAGCCCCUCCGGUUCCCGCAACUGCUCCUUCUCCUGCUCCUGCCGUUGCAGCUGCCGCUGCUGCCACUACCGCUGCCACCGCCGCCGCCACCACCACUACUACCACCUCCGCUGCCACCACCACCACCGCUCCUCCUGCUCUAGAUAUCUUUGGUGAUUUGUUUGAGUCUGCACCUGAAGUCGCUGCAGCGCCUAAACCCGAGGCUGCUCCUAGCAUAGACCUGUUUGGUACAGAUGCUUUCUCCUCUCCACCACAAGGGGCCUCUCCUGUGCCUGAGAGUUCUCUCACUGCUGACCUCUUAUCCGUGGAUACAUUUGCAGCACCAUCUCCUGCAACCACUGCCUCUCCAGCAAAGGUGGAUUCUUCAGGUGUGAUAGACCUUUUUGGGGGAUUUGGGGGUUCUUUCAUGGCCCCUUCUCCAUCACCAGUGACUCCAGCUCAGAAUAACCUGCUACAGCCCAAUUUUGAGGCAGCUUUUGGAACAACGCCUUCAACUUCUAGCAGCAGCUCCUUUGAUCCAUCAGUGUUUGAUGGUCUAGGUGAUCUUUUGAUGCCAACCAUGGCACCAGCCGGGCAGCCUGCACCUGUCUCAAUGGUACCACCCAGUCCCGCCAUGGCAGCCAGCAAAGCCCUUGGGAGUGAUCUUGAUUCAUCGCUUGCCAGCUUAGUAGGCAAUCUUGGAAUUUCUGGUACCACAUCAAAAAAGGGAGAUCUUCAAUGGAAUGCUGGAGAGAAAAAGUUGACUGGUGGAGCCAACUGGCAGCCAAAAGUAGCUCCGGCGACAUGGUCCGCAGGUGUCCCGUCAAGCGCACCUUUGCAAGGAGCUGUACCUCCAACCAGUUCAGUUCCUCCUGUUGCCGGGGCCCCAUCGGUUGGACAACCUGGAGCAGGAUUUGGAAUGCCUCCUGCUGGGACGGGCAUGCCCAUGAUGCCGCAGCAGCCUGUCAUGUUCGCACAGCCCAUGAUGAGGCCGCCCUUUGGAGCUGCCGCCGUACCUGGCACGCAGCUUUCUCCAAGCCCUACACCUGCCACUCAGAGUCCCAAGAAACCUCCAGCAAAGGACCCAUUAGCGGAUCUUAACAUCAAGGAUUUCUUGUAAACAAUUUAAGCUGCAAUUUUUGUGACCGAAUAGGGAAAAAAAUGAGUUUGGAGACUUCAAACAAGGUUGAUGCUCAGAGUUUCAAAGUGAGCCACCAGUACCAAACCCAAUGCUUAGUCAUAACUUCUCUUCCAAAACGUGUAGCACAGCCGUGAAAGUGAACAUUAGGAAUGUGUACUACCAUAGCUGUUAUCCCUACUCUCGAAAUCGUAGUGUAUUUGGGUUAUUUGUGUUGUACGACGUAAACAAUGAAUGGAUGUUUCUGAUGCCUUUAGUGCUUUUCUGACCUCGCCCAUGGAAGGAUGACACAGCUGUUGUAUGGUGAGCCAUUUAGAAAGAUGUGUCUGUGUUUUCGAAGGUUUCAAUGUACAUACAACUUUUGGACAAACCCUAAACACUCCCCAUAAAUUCUCUUUUCUUCUGUAUCUCUGUUACAAGCAUAGUGUGAUAAUAUCAGAUAGUAAGGAAAACACUCUUAAAUAUACAAAACUUUUUUCUGUGUGGAGUACAUUUUUCCAAUCACAGGAACUUCAACUGUUGUGAGAAAUGUUUAUUUUUGUGGCACUGUAUAUGUUAAGAAAUUUUAUUUUAAAAAAUAUAAAGGUUAACGUCCAUAAUAAAUACUUCUCCUUGAAGCUACCUUGUCAAGAAUGAAAAAUUCUAUGGGAGGAAUUCCCUAUUUAUCACUGCUAUAUUAAAAUAUAUAUAUUUUAAUUAUAUUUGACAGAUUUUGCAUCUAAAUUGACCUAUUUAUUCAUUCUUGAUUAAACGCACUGAAAAGUAAAGGGUCCGUUUCUAUCAUGUCCGUGAAAAUGCAAUUAGAGAUGUGCUAUUCAAGUGAUUGUGAAGGCACCCCAAGGUAUAUCUGUAAUCUAAAGAUUACUGCAAAUAUUUUUACUUUACUGUGGGUUUUAUGUACACCUGUUAAUUUAGUAUUUCUUUGUGUGUUCUGUAAACUAGUGUUCUUCCAUCCUUCAAUUGAGCUCAAAGUAGGUUUUGUUGUACCAUUGUGAUUAGGAUUUAAACUAAUUGAGAGAAUUGUAUUCUUUACUGUACAUAUUGUAUUCUUUAAUUUUUAAUUUGUUGUCAUACUGUCUGUGCUGAUGGCUUGGCUUAAGAUUUUGAUGCAUAAAUGAGGUCACUGUUGAUCAGUGUUGCUAGUGGCUUGGCAGCUCUUCGUAAAAGCAUAUUGGGUUGGAAAGGUGUUUGCCUAUUUUUCAAAUUAUUUAAUAGCUGUAUGGUACCAUUUAAAAGUGGUUGUAUCUGAAUUUACUGUGGGGAUAACAUACACUGUAAUGGGGAAAAAUUACCUAAAACCAAUUUCAAAAUGGCUUUUCUUUGUAUUUCGGUUGAAAAACCCAGUGCAUGUACGCCCUCUGAGAUGCAAUAAACACCUUGAACAAAGAAAA